CGCCUCCUAGUGCUGCCGGCCCCGCGCCCAGCCCAGUGCCAGGGAGAGGAGAUGGGCGCAGGACGGGGCGUCCCCAUGGCCCAGCUGGCCCUGCUCACCCUGCUGGCCCUGCCGGGCACCGGGGCGGUGAGAGUGGACCACAUGAUGUCUGAGGUGAAUAUCUACCAGAGGACGGACCCAGCCCAGCAGGAUUUUGGAGAGUACAUGCAUGAGUUCGACCAGGACGAGAUGUUCCACGUGGACCUGGAGAGGAAGGAGACCAUCUGGCGCCUGCCCGACUUUAGCAAGUUCGCCAGCUUCGAGGCGCAGCUCGCCCUGGGGAACAUGGCUGUGCUCAAGCAUAACCUGGAGUCCCUGAUCAAGAGGUCCAAUCACACACAGGCCCAGAAUGUGCCCCCUGAGGUGACCGUGUUCCCCAGAGGCCCCGUGGAGCUGGGGGAGCCCAACGUCCUGAUCUGCUUCGCGGACAAGUUCUUCCCACCGGUGCUCAGCGUGACGUGGCUGAAGAACGGGCAGGAGGUGACGGGGGGCGUCUACGAGACCGACUUCUACCCCCGCCAGGACGACUCCUUCCGCAAGUUCUCCUACCUGCCCUUCCUGCCCAGCCAGGGCGACUUCUACGACUGCCGGGUGGAGCACGGGGGGCUGGCUGAGACCUUCACGAAGCACUGGGAAGCCCAGGUGCCCAGCCCCGUCCCCGAGACCACAGAGACCCUGGUGUGCGCCCUGGGCCUGGCCGUGGGCAUCGUCGGCAUCAUCGCGGGCACCAUCCUCAUCAUCAAGGGGAUGAAGAUGAACGCCGCCCGCAACCCGCGGGGCCCCUUAUAAACACAAGCUCG